GGGAAGUCAGGCUUGUCAACUCUCACAACCCACCAGCAUUCGAUGAGCCAUCGCAUCCUCCAAAUGAAGUCAGGGCGCAUGCCGCAGCACAUAGGGUACAUUCCGAUGAUGCAUAGUUAUAAUAUAGCUAAGGACCGCCUCGUGGUCAGGAGCAUCUCUUCUGUUCUAAGUCAGCUACUGCAGUCUAACUGUAUCGAACUCAGUACCAACAGCGAUAUAUUAGUACAGCAAUAACGUAGCUUCAUCACCCACUCGGUCGACAAUGAAGCCCAGCAAAGAAUACGAAAGACUAUCCAGCAGCAGCGACGAGGAUACCAUCAGUGCGCUCAAAGAUGAGAUUGCGAUGCUGCCCUUGAAGUCUCGCAGGCCACCGCUCCGUUGGUUUCUUUGGUUUCUAGCGGUCGUGGCUUUGUUGGUCGUCUUCGCUGGCGUCCAAGUCGCUGUCUUCGCCAUUCUUGACAGCUAUCGCAGCGGCAGCUCCGUUCACAUCCACCACGAAGGGCCGGGUUCGCAUUCGAGUGCCUCGCCGUCCGGUGGAAUGCACCAUCACCACGAUAAUGCAAAAUCCGGCGGCCUAGCUUCCAACAGCGCCUUCUCUCCCGAAAUCCUCGAAUGUGGUGAAUCUGCCGUCGAAGCGCGAGUCAGAGGCUGUCUCUUCGAUCCAAUGAUGCAGCUGUGGCUCCCGCCAGCAUGCUACAAUCGCGAGAACUCGGAGGCGUAUCUUUAUAAGAACAAAUGGAAAUGGUACGCGGAUAUCCAGGCCACCAUAGAAAUCCCCGACAGCGUCAUGCGCUUGGGUGAGCAAGAGGUGGCGUUCAUGGACGAGAGCUAUCACAGACACCACUGCAUCUUCACGUGGGAAAACAUGGUUCAUGCUUUGCGAAACCGACUUCCCAUGGUGGAGGAAAUGAUGUCCAUGGAGCAUGUGAUGCAUUGCCAUAAGGUGUUGUUGGGACCGCCUUGGAACACCACGAAGUACCCAAUGGCUACCGAAGCCCAUUCAGGAUUCGCUAGGUGCGCACCAUACGAGGUGUGGGCCAACAAUCUCCCUGACGAUUCCGACUUAAAGGACGUCUAUUGAGAUCGGUAACUGCGGUGUUCAUUUCCAAACUCGGUUUUGGACUGGUGUCAGAAAGAGAGGUCCUUGGGAGCUGCAAGAGAGGGCCGAAACUUCUGUGCCCCACAAGUAGCUGUAAAUAUUGUCUCGCACUUCGGAGGGAAAGCAGGUGAGGAUAGCCUUGGCGAGAAUGCCUUUCGGGGUAAGGUAAACUUCUGUGCCGAUGGUGGGAGGUUGCAUCUCGCUGCGCGGCUUAGGAGUUUUGGAUAGUAUGUAUGUCCAUGAUUAGAUGUCGAGGAGGAAAGCCUCUUUAUAAAAGAAUCAUGCACUGCAAAUUGGACGUAUAA